UAUACACCCAAAGUUGUGAAAAAAAAGACUCAAAAUGGCUGCUCGGGCUUUGUUGGCGGCUACAUACCUUGUAUUUGUCACCGUCUGUGGUGCCAAAGAAGCUCAAACGCUUCCCUUGACUGUCGACCUUGGUUACGCUCUCUACCAAGGAGUGAAGAAUACUACAACCGGACUGAGCGUCUGGAAAGGCAUCCAAUAUGCGGCCCCUCCCACAGGAAAUCUUAGAUGGCAGGCACCACGCGUGCCCGAGACCAACAGGACUACAGUCCGGUCCGGCGCAAACUUUGGACCUGUCUGCCCCAUGCAGUUCCCAGCCCCGUCACCGCCGUCCUUUGUUCCAGGCAACGAGGACUGCUUGUACCUGAACGUGUACGCGCCGAGCAUGACGGCGUGUGCGGCCAACGGUACAAUAGACGGCCCUGGUGCUGCUGCUGCCCCCUUGCCGGUCUAUGUUUAUAUCCACGGCGGUGGCUACGGGCUCGGGGACGGCACGAUGCCUAUGGAAGCCUUGCUGGCUGCUAACGGGAACAGUUUUGUUGCUGUGACGAUACAGUACAGAACCGGGGCGUUUGGCUUUGCAGCAUCGCCAGAGGUCAAGGCCAAGGGCGUCCUCAACGCAGGACUGCUGGAUCAGGAGUUUGCUCUGAAGUGGGUGCAGCGUCACAUACAAAAGUUUGGCGGCGACCCGAGGCGGGUCACCAUCGGCGGCGAGUCCGCGGGCGGUGGGAGCGUUAUGCUUCUGGCGGUUGCGCGGGACGGGAAGCUGGGCGAGCGGCUUUUCACCAACCUCAUUUCACAGUCACCAUAUCUUCCUACGCAGCCGAGAUACGAUGAUCAAGUCAUAGUGAAACGCUACAAAGCCUUUGCCAAGGGAGCCGGGUGUCCAGUUGAUGGUCCUGCGUCGUUUGACUGCUUGGUGGCGGCGGAUACGUUGACUCUGCAGUAUGCUAGCGCGAACCUGACUGUGGGCAGCCUGGUUCCCUAUUCAAACUGGGCCAACAUCCCCGUUACUGAUGAAGAAUUUCUCACCGCACCUACAAGCCAGCUUCUGGCAAGUAAAAGGCUCAACGGCAGGAGGAUACUCGCUGGGAACGUCGCCAACGAGGGAUCCCCUUUCUCCCCGAAAAACAUCAACACCGAAGAUCUCCUCCGCGCGUUUAUCAAGCAAAACUUUGUGAAGCUCUCUGAUCGGCAGGUGACAGCCAUUCUCGAUGCAUACCCCAGUGUCCCGGGCCCAGACGACCCCAACAGCCCCCGCUUCGAAACCGACGGCUUUGGUCCCGCCACGGCUGUCAAUGUCAGCCAGACCGGCACCGGACAUCAGCAGCGCGCAUCUGACAUAUAUGCCGAGGCUACAUUUGUCUGCCCCGCAUACUGGAUUGCCGACGCGUUCAGUUCCUCGCCCGGGCGUGAGAGCUACAGGUUCCAGUUCUCGGUUCCUUAUGCGAGCCAUGGUCGGGACAAUAAUGCCGUCUACGGACCGGACCGCAGCAGCCACGGCCCUGAUCUCAGGCUUGCUUUCCGCCGGAUAUUUGGAAACUUCAUCCUCAAAGGAAACCCAUCAAUCACCAGCGGCGAGGCCAAUGGUGCAUCUUCAUUAAGCCCGGACGCGCCCAACAACGCCACCAUGUGGCCGCAGUGGAAUGUCGAGAACCGGCAGAUGCUGAACGUGAACCAGACCGGCGGAGAGCCGUACUCGACCGUGGUUGACGGGGCGACCGUGACCGAGUUUACAGGGCCGAGCCUGAGGAACGACUUGAAACUCGUCGACGCCUACUCCUGGGAGGGUGGAAGGGGUAAGAGGUGCGACUUUUGGCAGAUGAUCAACCCGGUGAUUCCCCAGUAGCGGUUGCUAGGGAUGUAAUAUGGGUUCUUAGUGGUGGGAGCUGGGGUUGUGAGGAUGAAGAAUAGUUGGAGGAGAACGAUGCGAUAACUUUUCAGGACUUGAAUUCAACCUUUGAAACGUCGCAAUGCUGUUCCUUUGUCCUGUUCUUUACUUUCCAAGCAUGACUUUAGAUAUGCACAGAAUCAGAUACGAAUAUACGAGAACAAGCUGUCUG